UCGAUUCGCUCAGUGCUCAGCAGCUCUUUCUGUUAGCAGGCGGCCAUCUUGCCUAGAGCCUGAGAAAGGGAGAAGAGAGACAGAAGGAACGGGUGACAGUGGUCUCAGGGCCGCCCCGGGGGCCUCAAGAGCCGGAGGCAGCCCCGGAGGUGGUCCUGGAUCCUGGGCUAUGCUCUUGGACCCGAGAAGGGAAGGCGGAGGGCGGCGGGGUCAAGAUGGGUGGGGAAUGUCAAACAAGAACUGCUAGGCGGGGGAGGGGCGUUGCUAUGGCGACUGGGGAGGGGCGGGGUCAGGUCUGAAUUGCUGCUGUGAGUCACCCCGGCGCUGCCCAGGAAGGGCAGGGUUGGGGUAAUGACCAUGGUAACAGCCCUGUGGGGUUUUGCGACGUCCCUGGCGUGGAGGGAAUUCGUGUCUAUGGCAACAGCCACCUGGCAGAACGGGCGGAACUAGAUCCCUUCGCCUGGGACGCUGACAUUCCAAGCCCUUAUCCUGCAGGCUCCCGCGGGCGGACAAGCCAGAGGAGGAGGCCGGGGAAUGGCCGCGGUGUGGCAGCAAGUCUUAGCAGUGGACGCGAGGUACAACGCGUACCGCACACCAACGUUUCCACAGUUUCGGACCCAAUAUAUCCGUCGGCGCAGCCAGCUGCUGCGGGAGAAUGCCAAGGCUGGGCACCCCCCAGCACUGCGUCGGCAGUACCUGAGGCUGCGGGGCCAGCUGUUGGGCCAGCGUUACGGGCCCCUCUCUGAACCAGGCAGUGCACGUGCCUAUAGCAACAGCAUCGUCCGCAGCAGCCGCACAACCCUUGACCGCAUGGAGGACUUUGAGGACGAUCCUCGAGCCCUGGGGGCCCGAGGGCACCGCCGUUCUGUCAGCCGUGGCUCCUAUCAGCUGCAGGCACAGAUGAACCGUGCUGUCUAUGAGGACAGGCCUCCUGGCAGCGUGGUGCCCACAUCAGCAGCAGAGGCAAGUCGGGCCAUGGCUGGGGACACAUCGCUGAGCGAGAACUAUGCCUUUGCAGGCAUGUACCAUGUUUUUGACCAGCAUGUGGAUGAGGCAGUCCCAAGGGUGCGCUUCGCCAAUGACGACCGGCACCGCCUGGCUUGCUGCUCACUCGACGGCAGCAUCUCCCUGUGCCAGCUGGUGCCUGCCCCACCUACUGUGCUCCGCGUGCUGAGGGGCCACACCCGUGGUGUCUCCGACUUUGCCUGGUCCCUCUCCAAUGACAUCCUCGUGUCCACCUCGCUGGAUGCCACCAUGCGCAUCUGGGCUUCCGAGGACGGCCGCUGCAUUCGGGAGAUCCCUGACCCUGAUGGCGCCGAACUGCUCUGCUGCACCUUCCAGCCCGUCAACAACAACCUCACUGUGGUGGGGAAUGCCAAGCACAAUGUGCAUGUCAUGAACAUCUCCACUGGCAAGAAAGUGAAAGGUGGCACCAGCAAGCUGACAGGACGUGUUCUUGCUCUGUCCUUUGAUGCCCCUGGCAGGCUGCUCUGGGCGGGUGAUGACCGUGGCAGUGUCUUCUCCUUCCUCUUUGACAUGGCCACAGGAAAGCUGACCAAAGCCAAGCGGCUGGUGGUGCAUGAGGGCAGCCCUGUGACCAGCAUCUCUGCCCGUUCUUGGGUCAGCCGUGAGGCCCGGGACCCCUCGCUGCUCAUCAAUGCUUGCCUCAACAAGCUGCUACUUUACAGGGUGGUGGACAACGAGGGGACCCUGCAGCUGAAGAGAAGCUUUCCCAUUGAGCAGAGCUCACACCCUGUGCGCAGCAUCUUCUGUCCCCUCAUGUCCUUCCGCCAGGGGGCCUGUGUGGUGACAGGCAGUGAGGACAUGUGCGUGCACUUCUUUGAUGUGGAGCGAGCAGCCAAGGCUGCUGUCAACAAGCUGCAGGGCCACAGUGCGCCUGUGCUUGACGUCAGCUUCAACUGCGACGAGAGCCUGCUGGCCUCCAGUGACGCCAGCGGCAUGGUCAUCGUCUGGAGACGGGAGCAAAAGUAGGGUCCUGAAAGCCCUGUGCUGUCCACCAACCCCCACCUCCUACCCUGGUCUUGCAUUGUAAAUAAAGUUUCUGUGGUUGUGCUGAGGGCCAGCUCCCAGGUCUGCCAGGGGGCGGCAUGGGGGAGUGGGCAUCUCUGGGACCCAUGGUGGAAGGGGGUACAAUUAUUCAUGCAGUGUUGUGUUCUUUCAUUCAACAAGCACUUACUGAAUGUCUGCUGUAUCAGCCUUUUACGGUCAUGCGUUCAACAGUAUUGAGCACCAGCUGUGUGCCAGGAACUGUUCUAGGCCCUGAGGAUACAGCUGUGACCGAAACUGACAGAAAUGCCUGUCCUCAUGUCCCUGUAUCCUAAUGGAGGCAAGCACACAAUAGACAAAAGCAUGGACAGUCCCCAACUUAUGAUGGUUCAACUAACGAUCUUUCCACUUUACUACUUCUAAACUCUAUGAUGGUGAAAGGCAUACCCAUACAAUCAGUCUGUUUUUUUCACUUUCAGUACAGUGUUCAGUAAGUAACAUGAGUAGUCAGUACUUUAUUAUAACGUGGGCUUCGUGUUUGAUGAAUUUGCCCAACUGUAGGCUAAUAUAAGUGGUCUGAGCACAUUUAAGGUAGGCUAGGCUAAGGUAGGAUAUGUGGUAGGUUAGGUGUAUUAAGUGUAUUUUCAACGUACGGUAUUUUCAACUUACGAUAUAUGUAUCAGGAUAUAACUCUGUUGUAAAUCAGGAAGCAUCUAUGUGUAAUAAGUCAGCUAAAGAUGUGAAGAAAAGUAAAGCAAGGAAGGGAGAUAAUCUAGGAGUUGGGGUUGCAGUCUUUUUGGUGAUGUCAUUAGGGAAGACAUUCUUGAUGGUAUCAGUCCUGAAUGAAAUGAGGGGGAGCCAUAGUGUGAUAGAGAAUAUUCUCAAAGAAAAAAUCCAGCACAAAGUCACUGGAGGGUAGAAUGUGCCUGAAGGAUCACUGUAUAGACUAGAGUGUGAGAGUAGAUGAGGUCAAACAGGCCAGGUGCUUGUAGGGGUUCAUGGGCCAUGAUGAAGACCUUUGGCCUUUUUCCUGAGUGAAGGAGAAGUUGCCCGUUUUAAGCAAAGGAGGAACAUUAUCUGGUGACAGUGGAGGAGUUGAGUAGAAAAUGCUGGGUUCUAUCCUAGAGAGUUCAUCAUAUUAGGCUACAGGACCCGGCCGGGUCCUCCAGGGCGCUGAGACUCUGCAAACCUUCCAACAUGGUAGCCCCUGCCUGAGUGGGCCCCAUACUUUUGCACUGGGCUGUUUCUCACAAGCAGGGAGUAGAGAUGUUGACUUCUUGGAUCACCCAGCUGGUGCAGAGAUAACUAUGGACCCUGAGACAGCUUGGGGCUCCUGCUGUGGGAUGGAGGCAAUGGGAAAUCUCCCAGACCACUCCUUUCUCCUCCCAUGCCCACCCAGGGCCCAGGGUUUGCCCUAGAACAGCUCAGAGACCAAAAAGUGAUGUUCCAUAAGGAACCCUGAGUAAGGAGAGAUCACUUGGAUUUUGACAGGGGGACAAAUAACCUAAAACCCUUGUUAAUGAUCAGAGUGACCAGGAAAUGUCAAAGAGGCUCUUGCUCCAGGUAUUUCCUUCCCUUUGGCUCUGUAUGCUGCCACAUAUAUGACAAUUUGAACUGUGGUUAAUAUCUUGGGACCUCAGGGACAGUCAACAGAGUCAGAGACUCCAAUCUGGUGGCCCACCAUUGCUGAGCUCCAGAACUAACCCCAGUCUGAUUGGGAGAGGAAAAUAAUCUGUUCAAUCUACUGAUAUUUGACAAAAAGAUUUCUGAUAACUUUCAUCUGACAGACCUUAGGUAAACGGUGAUAAGGUAGGGAUAUCAGGGAGCUGAGACACUCAUGUACAUGUGUGUAUCAUUGUCCCUAAUACCAGUGGCAAGCUCAGUUAAUAUGCUAGGAGGACUCAUAAGACCCAGCGUAUGGUUGUAUUCACGAAUACUUUUUAUUACCGAAAAAAAAA